AACGCGUAAAACAACAAAUUUUUUGUAGCCAAAUGUUGAAAUACGAAAAUUGUCAACUAAAGAAAAACUAAAGUAGAAUAAGAAAAAUAUGAGAUGAUAGUUCAACCGAUUAAAGAGGAAACGACGACGACGACAUGUGGAUAAUACCAAACAAAUUGUUAAUCUAUAUAUUUUGGAUUAUGGAAAUAAGAUUAGUGUCCAGCUUUACAUCCGCCAUGCUUUGUGGUCGGAUACCGGGCCUGACGGCCGCCCAGCGUCAAUUGUGCAGCGAGAUGCCCGAUGCCCUGAUUGCCCUCGGUGAGGGUCAUCAAUUGGGUUCCCAGGAGUGCCAGCAUCAGUUUCGUGGUCAUCGCUGGAAUUGCUCUGAGGUGUGGCAACGGAAUGUCUUUGCCCAUAUCAUGCCCGUUGCUUCACGUGAGGCAGCCUUUACCUAUGCCAUAGCCAAUGCUGGAGCAGCCUAUGCCGUGACAGCGGCUUGUGCCCGUGGCAAUAUAUCCACCUGCGGUUGCGAUGGACGACACAAAUCCUCGGGUGGGGAUGGCAGCUCAAUCUCAAUGGACUGGAAAUGGGGCGGUUGCUCGGCAGAUGUUGAUUUUGGUAUGAGAUUUGCACGCAAAUUCAUGGAUGCCCGAGAAGUGGAGAAGGAUGCCCGAAGUCUUAUGAAUCUGCAUAACAAUCGAGCAGGUCGUACGCUGGUUAAGAAACUGCUCAAGACAGACUGCAAGUGUCAUGGUGUUAGCGGUUCGUGUGUUAUGAAAACCUGCUGGAAAAGUUUGCCGCCCUUUCGCCUCAUGGGCGACAGGCUAAUGCAAAAGUAUCACAAAGCCAAAACUGUUCAAGUCGUUAGAGGCAAACGUGGACUGAGAUUAGUAUUAAGCAGAAAGAAGCAUCCGGCUGCUGUUGCUGCUGCUAGCCAGAAGCAAACUUUGGCCUGGCCCAAACGUUUGGAGCUUAUUUAUUUGGCUCCGUCUCCCAAUUAUUGUGAGCGUAGUCUUCGUAGCGGUAGUCUAGGCACUAAGGGACGUAUCUGCCAGCAGAAACAAGGACAUCAUGGGCCACAAAGCUGUGAUCUGCUCUGUUGUGGGCGUGGCUAUAAUACCCAGUAUAUAAGUCGGACAGUUCAGUGUAGUUGUCAGUUUCAUUGGUGCUGUCAGGUUGAGUGCAAAUUGUGCGAUGAAAGUUAUGAGGAAUUUACAUGUAAAUAGUAUUAAACACACACACACACACAAACACACCUACACCUACACGUAUUGUCAUUAAGUAUUAUGUGAAAUGUAUUACACUUAA